AUGGCCAUCCAUCCCGAGCUGUCGACCGAGCCUCAGCAGCCAACAUCAAUCGAACGCGUGGAAGCAUGGACAGUCUCACAAGCCGCCGACGCGCUGAGUCGGGCAUCGAUCUCAGCGACUUCUCCUCCGCCGGCUCGUGGCACGACUGUCACGAUCGAUAUCCCGCUCGACGAUGACGCCAUGCGAGAAGAGGCUCCUCGAAGGCGACCCGAGGCUGUUCACACUGUAUACAAGCGCCGAGAACCUAUCCGAAGAGACAGCUUGAAGAGGCGGGAGGCGUUACUGAAGGGUAAGGAGGGUAGCCGACAACGGCGUCGAUGGGAGAAUGAUCGACUGCUCAAUAACCCAUACGCCGAGCCACCACUUCCCAGCGACUGGCAAGUGCAGCCUACCUACCCUGUUCGCCAGAUGCCAUACUCCAUAGCACCUCUCUGGGAGGCAGAGUACGCGCGGUUAGCCAAAGAUCGUCAAAAGCGCGCCGAGGCAGCCAAAGUCCCUACGUGCAAGCGAGAGGCCGACGCUGCGAAGGUCAAGCAGGAACUCAAGGCCAAGCUGAAGAAGUCCAAGGGCGCCAAAUGCUUGCUGCAGGAUUUGGAAGAGGAGGUGCGCGAGUUCGUCAGGCAGUGGGAAGAGAAGCAGAAGGAGAUGGAAAACGACGGCCUCAUAGACCCGAGCAGUAGCGAAGACGAGGAGAUAGUAUUUGUCGGCCGAAAUGGUGCUAUGAGCGACGAGCGGAGAAGAGAGAAGCAGCAGCAUACCCUGGAGAAGGACAAGCUCAUCUUUCAAGGUCUGCUGGAUGAUCACGGUAGUGCGUUUGGCAGGUAUUUGGUCCAUGCCAUUGCUGCAUAUUAUGGCUUGAAGACAUACUCGAUCACCACCGGUGACCCAGCUCGUCGUGAGGCGUACGUUGGCCUGAAGAUCGACCCGAAGACGCGAAGACCAAGUUUGGCCAUGUCAGAAAUGCCCAAGCCUCUCUAUGCUGCGGUUUGA